ACCCAGAAGUAAACAGGCUGACCCGGAAGCUGUGCUAUCUGGAGGCGCAUAGAGAGAACAUCCAGCAUCUUCACUGCUUUAUGAAAGCUUCUCCAGCUAGGAAAAACACGCGCAAAAAGGAUGGCAGAGCCUCGAUUCAAUAAUCCAUAUUUCUGGCCACCACCACCCUCUAUGCCUUCUCAACUGGAUAACCUGGUGCUUAUCGACAAGAUCAAAGAGCAGCUGAUGGCAGAAAAGAUACGACCUCCGCAUUUGCCACCCACUACUGUCUCCUCUCAGCAGACCCUGCUCGUGGCCUCAUUGCCAUCAGAAGGUGGGCAAAAUUUUAUGUCCAUCCACAAACUGCAGCAGAUGCCUGGUCUUCAGGCCCACAACUCCUCUCAGCCUGACAUUGCCCUGCAAACUCGCCCAGCAUCCAGCACCAUUUCAGAGCUGAACAUAGAUGACAAGUCUACAGUAAAGGCAAAGGGGUUAUGGGAAGACUGGCAUAUGCGACAAGCAGUGGAGCAAGCCAACAGAGUGAACCAUCGCUCAGGUCUUGCACUGUCAUCCCGCACAGACAGCCACAACACCUCUGAAGCGAUAACACCCACCACCCCAACAUCCAGCAGUCAGAAUCGCUUGGGUGGUGCACCUUCUUUAAACACUAUUUCCGGCCUGGCCAGCGGCCCUGGCAUUGAGCCGGUUAAAAGUGGAGGCCUGGUGGGGAUGCUGGGACCUCAUCCUAAAGCUCCACGUGGUCGCAAGAAGAUUAAAGCAGAGAACAAUACUGGCCCCUUGCUGGUGCUGCCAUACCCUCUGCUGGCCUCAGGCCCUGACCAGGCAGUUACUAUCGCCAAAGAGGGAAAAACAUACAGGUGUAAAGUGUGUCCGCUCACUUUCUUCAACAAGUCGGAGAUGCAGAUUCAUUCCAAGUCCCACACGGAGGCCAAACCCCAUAAGUGCCCUCAUUGUUCCAAGUCCUUCGCCAAUGCCUCGUACCUAGCACAACACUUACGUAUUCACUUAGGCAUCAAGCCUUACCAUUGCUCCUAUUGUGAGAACUCCUUCCGCCAGCUAUCACACCUCCAACAGCAUACCAGGAUUCAUACUGGCGAUAGACCAUAUAAAUGUGCCCAUCCUGGAUGUGAAAAGUCAUUCACACAACUCUCAAACCUACAGUCUCACCAGAGACAACAUAACAAAGACAAGCCAUUCAAAUGUCCGAACUGCUAUCGGGCCUACAUGGACUCAUCCUCCUUACAGAUUCAUCUCUCCGCACAUGCCGUCAAAAAUGCUAAAUCUUACUGUUGCAGCAUGUGUGGUCGUGCAUACACCUCAGAGACAUACCUUAUGAAGCACAUGUCCAAACACACCGUGGUUGAGCAUCUUGUCAGUCACCGUUCCCCACAGACAACCGAAUCUCCAAGCAUCCCCAUACGUAUUUCACUUAUUUGAGCUUUCUCCUGCUGCUUUUUCUUCCAUUUAAAUGGUAUUUUGUGCACUGUGCUGGUCUACCGUUAAGAAAAAAAGAGUUGGUGCCCAGCAGUGUAGACUUCGGAGGACAUUUGUGUCUGCCAUUGUCUUUUCCCUUUAAGCUGUUUAGUGAAACUGAGCCUACAGGCCACCGACUCCGCAACUGCUGUCAGAAUUGAAUGGUUUAUGGCAGCGUCAACAGACACCAGUCUAAAUAAGGAUUUGAUUGAGUAUUCCAAAAAUACUGUAGAACCUCAUUUAAAUGUUUUAUUUCAUAGGUUUGUAAGGGAGACUUCCAAAGAUAACCUUGAAGCACUUUUUCAGCCUGGUUGUACAAUGAAUCUUUUCAGAAUGGGAGCAAAUUUCUCGACUUGGGCAGCUACAAGAGUUCUACCUUUUGUUUUAGAAAGUAAGACGGCUGUUUGUUGGUUUCCUUCUCCACUUUGCCUCCUAACAGAAUUGUGCAUUUGAUUUGACUGUGGAUGUGACAGUUCUUCCACCUUCACUCCUUUUAUGCUUUUAGUAGAAAAAUGAGGUCAUGGAUAAAAAAAAAUGAAAAACAGUGUUUUAGUUUUGAUGUGGCAUCAGAUGGAAAGGUACAUUUUCAAGCAGAACUAGGAUUUCAAACUCAAAUUUGAGGAAUUGUGAGAAUCUCCCUCUCAUAUUUUAAUCUUUAAAAUAUAUAGUUGUGUUAAAUGCAUCAUAGAUGUUUUACUUAAGUUUCUUUUUUGUGUGACAAGGCCUUUAUUGUGCAAUGCCAUGGGAAUCUAUAGUAUAUCUCCCUUCCAAUCACAAUGUUUAGAGGAGAAAGUGUCCUUUUUUUGUCAUUGAUUUAUUUAAAUGGCAUCAUUCCAGCAUGACAAUGCCCAUUAAGUUGGGUUGUGUCAUGAUGUAACAGAAGAAGUGUUACAUGGGAUCAGUGUCAUUGAAUCAUACAUGUUCACAUUGUAACAUAUGCCCUCUAAAGUGUUAUUUACCUCUAUCCCUCCCCUAAGAUGAGCAAUGCAAAAGCACCUUGAGACAUUCUUGAGAUCAUUAACUUACACCUAUGGAUAGCUAAAAGUGUACAUGGGUUUUUUAAGAUUAUGACCUAGUCUAAUAUUUUAUAAUCUAAUAGCAUUUGCCUAAUUUGUGGUGGAACUGUUUUUAUUUGUAGAGUUAGAAAGCUUUCUAACACCCAAACAGAUCUGUUUGAAAAAGGAAUAAAGUGAAGCCUAAUCUUUGAAUUUCACAAUCAGAAAUCUUGUGUGAAUUUAGUCACAUUUGAAUGUAGAUCUUUUCCAACAUUGUAUGUUCUGUUUCAGAAUGUGUACCAGCUGUUUUGUUUAUACUCAUUCUUACGAGCAAAAACGGCACAUCAGCUGAUAAAACAGAUUUAUUUAAAUAAUGGACAGCAAUUUAAAAUGCUCUUACUGAAUUAAAGCACAUGGUCUAUUGAAUCAUAUUUGCCAAAUUUGAUCACAACCCAUAUGUGAUCAUACUUCCUGCGAUUGAUUUGUUUAUGUGAUGUCAACAGGCAACAACACUGCAGCUCUAGAACAUUCAUUUACUUUUGUGUUCAUGUAUACCAGUCCUUUGUUAAGCUUAUUUGUGUUCAAUUCAUAUAUAUGUAGGAAACUGCAUUAACAAUGUUUUUUUUUUUUUGCCAUAUUUCCCAUUGUUUGUUUGCAAAGGAACAAGAUGUUGCUCUCAAAUUUUCUUAAAAUUCCCAAAAUAUAUAUAAUUUUAUAUUAUAUAUAUGUUGGUUAUUUAUUACAUAAUAAAUUAUGGUAAUAGUUUACCUGGUCAAACUUUUUUUAAUAUAUAUUUUUUAUUAUCACAAUUUUAGAUAACAGCAAUUUGAUGAGGAUCUGUUUCUUGGUGCUUUUUUAAAGAGGACUACCAAACCUCAGUUCUUGUCUGAUACUGCAACAUUGCCAGGAAUAGAUCAUUGUAUUACAGAAUAAUCCUGGCUUGUUCAGCCUCAAAUUCUCUCUAAAUCAGUAAGACGUGUACAUUUACUAUAAAAUAUACCUGUAUUCAUUAAUAGUGCAAAUUGCAAGGUUUAGAUACUUUGUUCAUUUCUGUAUCAGUAUAUUUCAAUUUAUCAAGUUAUUUGUUUUUAUCAAUACUUGUUUUUCUGUAAGUAGUGAGUACUGAUCAUUGUUUUUAUAGACAUCCUUGUCAAUUUAUGUGUACGCCUUAAUUUUUUUUUUAUCAUAAUUGAAAGACUGGAUUCUUUCUCCUUUUCCCUCCAUAUCUAUGUUUUUUAGUAUUCAGUUCUCUUAAGCCUUUUUUCUGCAUGGGACACCGUAAUCAUUAAUUAUUUGUUAACAUGUAUUAUGUACUGUAUAACAUAUUUAUGUAUGUCCUGAAAUAAUUCACUUUUCCUUUAUCUUGCAUUGUGGUUCCAUAUAAAGUUUUUGUUUCAUAUGCACAGAUAAGACUUAAAGGUGAAUUAAGAAAAAAAUAUAAAUGUCAAGAACACUUUGUAUUUCUAUCUUGUUUAUUAAAUUCAG